GGAUGACCACGCGGGCGCCGAGCCCGCAUCCGCCCCGUCCCCGCUGCCCUCCGGGGUGGCCCAGCUACUGUCCGCGCUCUUCUACGGGACCUGCUCCUUUCUCAUCGUGCUGGUCAACAAGGCGCUGCUGACCACCUAUAGGACACUGCAGAAUUGUGCUUCCGUAGAGCUACAUCCCAACGCUUUCCAGUGCACCGAAUUCGUUAUUUCGAUUUGACUCCUGAUUGGUGGAUUUCAUUGUCAGUUUCCCAUCACCAAUUGUUCUUGGAAUUGGACAGAUGGCAGCUACCAUAAUGAUAUUGUAUGUGUCCAAGCUAAAUAAAAUAAUUCACUUCCCUGAUUUUGACAAGAAAAUUAUUGUAAAGCUGUUUCCCCUGCCUCUCUUCUACGUUGGAAACCACAUAAGUGGAUUAUCAAGCACAAGUAAAUUAAGCUUGCCAAUGUUCACCGUGCUCAGGAAAUUUACCAUUCCACUUACUUUACUCCUGGAAACCAUCAUACUCGGGAAACAGUAUUCCUUGAACAUCAUUGUCAGUGUCUUUGCCAUCAUUCUCGGGGCUUUCAUAGCAGCUGGUUCUGACCUUGCUUUUAACUUGGAAGGCUAUAUUUUUGUAUUCCUGAAUGAUAUUUUCACAGCAGCAAAUGGAGUUUAUACCAAACAGAAAAUGGACCCAAAGGAGCUCGGGAAAUAUGGAGUGCUUUUUUACAAUGCCAGCUUCAUGAUUAUUCCAACCCUUAUCUUUAGUAUUUCCACUGGAGACCUUCAGCAGGCUACUGAAUUCAACCAGUGGAAGAAUGUUCUAUUUAUCAUACAGUUUCUUCUGUCCUGUUUUUUGGGAUUUCUGUUGAUGUACUCCACGGUGCUGUGCAGCUAUUACAACUCAGCCCUGACGACAGCGGUGGUUGGAGCCAUCAAAAAUGUAUCCAUUGCCUACAUUGGGAUGUUAGUUGGUGGAGACUACAUUUUCUCUGUGUUAAACUUUGUAGGGUUAAAUAUUUGCAUGGCAGGGGGCUUGAGAUACUCCUUUUUAACUCUAAGCAGCCAGUUAAAACCUAAACAACCCGUGGACGAAGAAAACAUCCCUUCAGAUUUGAAGAGUUAGACUCUGGGGCAGAAUUGCAGACUGACUUGCAGUCUGGGGGUCAGGGAGGAUGUUCUCAGAUGGAGGAAUGUGAAGCUGGACUUUUGGGACAUAGACCGCCCCCUGAUUAAAGCAUGAACAGGAGUGUCUGCACCACGGAAAGAGAAUCUACCUCACAAGCCACUGCACAAUGAGCCAUUAUCGACCUUAGAAAUGUGUCCAGGCAAAGCCUUACCAGCCGAAAGCAGCUUCUCAAAAUUAGCCACUGGUUGAAGGGAUUGUUUCCAGAGGUCUCGCGUGGGCAUUUGCUCCUCCACACGUCUGUGCUGUUUUCACUGGUACCGCGUGUGCUUCAGAAGAGGUACAAGGUCAGUGCUGUGAUGGUGAUGAUUUUCUUAUUAGCACCUUCGCCUUAAUUUCAAAGAUCCCAGCCAAAGCAAAGUGCCAGUGAGAACGUAUUUUUCCAGUUUAAACAGACAUGACUUUAUUUUCAUAAAAUUUGCCUAUUAACUGCCAGUAGCUACUUAUUAGCUUUGAUUCGAUCUUAUAUGUUGGUAUCUUUUCUCAAUCACCAAAGUAAAAUAAAAAAUACUUUAUACACA